AUGGCCGAGAUCAUCAGCGUUGCCCUGUUGACAGGGCAACUCUUCCCUAUCUUGAUUGACGUUUGCGAAACACUUACAUCUGGCUCUCGCGAGAUCAAGAUCAUCGCCCGCAAUGUCGAGUCCCUCUCCGUCUUGCUACAAGAACUUGUGGAGGUGCUUGACAAAGGCGACGCGGCGUAUCCACCGGGAAUACGACAGUGUGCACAACAGGUGUCGGAGGACUGCAACGACACCUGCACUGAGCUUAAGGGACUCAUUUUAAAAAUGGAAAAGAAGAGAAGUACCAAAGUCAUCCGGAAAAGAAAGCUGAAUGAUCUUCAAAUGCAACUCGAGCUCCAAAAGUCAACGCUGCUGGCGAUAAUCAGUAUGGCUAGCUUAACGAGGAAGGUCCUGGAUAUUGGUAUCACAAGCGACCCCCCGAAUGGCGACAACGAGAGCGUCGAGCAGAAGCGAGCCGAUGUCAGCGCCUCCUUGGCUAAGGCUCUCAGGUGUGAUAAGAUGCGAUUACUUCAAGAAAGCUUCGAGGAGCGUGUGGACAGGUCCGGCACUGCGAGUCCAGCGUCCGAUAGUUCUGAGCCAUCGGACCCUGGUGAUAUCGGCACGUCUCUACUCGCACCAAGCCAAAACAAUCUCACCCCAUUGGACAAGAAUCGCUCACUGACCCGCUAUGUGUCUCCGUCCCCAAGUCAGGCCAGCUUGAUAAGUCAAGGAUCUGAUUACCACAUGGAGCAACAUCACCAGAGAUAUUCACCAUCUCACUCGGGCGAGGCGAACAAAGUUCUGCUGAACUUGCUGUCCUACUGGGCAGCACUACAGGAGUUGUGCGAUUCUUCCCAGCAAGGGGCACUACGAGAAGGUGGGAAGGGGAGCAGUUCCAGAGAGAUAGCGCAACUGUACCGCAGAGACCUUGCCAUGACACACGAAAUGCACCACAGACUGGGCGACGUGGCAGCUCGUGGUUCACCACCAGAUCGGUUCUCUUCAAUUGAUGCCAAGGCACUUCAACAAUCAGUCCCCCGCACACGAACCAAUAAUGCUCUCUCACAACCACUUUCCGGUAGCGGUGGAUUCCGAUUCUCGGUCUCUGCCCCAGACAAUGAACCCCAAGGGGCGGGCUACUAUGACGGCACCCAGGAAGGUCUUCUAUGCUCUUCCACAAUCAACGGAGCCCUACGACCGCUCCCCACCCCAGCCCAACCGCAUGCAAUCCAGAAUAACCCGCCAGACUACCAGAACAAGCCGCUGUCCCCAAUCACAGCGUCCAAAACGCGGAACGUUAUCACCAAACUGGACAUCAUCAUACAGCACCUCACCGUAGUGCGCUAA